CGUCAGUCGUCUGCGGUCUUUGCGUAACGUGGAAGUAGAAUUUGUUGAAAGAUAACUUGGAACACAACGUGUGCACAGCAUGGUGUUGACCAAGGAAUAUCGUAUUUGCAUGCCACUGACUGUGGAGGAGUAUCAAAUCGGUCAAUUGUAUAUGAUAGCGCGCCACAGUCUGGAGCAAUCGGAGGAAGGUGAGGGAGUCGAGGUAGUGGAAAACAAGCCAUGUGAAGAUCCCUUGCACGGCAAAGGCCAAUAUACAGAAAAACGCAUACACUUGUCGAACCGUUUGCCAUAUUGGAUACAAGCUAUUUGCCCGCGCGUCUUUUACGUUACAGAGAAAUCGUGGAAUUAUUAUCCCUACACUCUGACAGAGUAUACCUGCUCCUUCAUACCCAAGUUGCAUGUGCUAAUCAAAACUAAAUAUGAGAACAACAACGGCAGCACCGAAAAUUGCUUGAACCUUACCGAGGAUGAGCUAAAGCUGCGUUCCGUAGAUAAUGUCGAUAUAGCAUUCGAUGAACUAAAUAAUAACAAACACUAUAAGCGUGAUGAGGAUCCCAAGUUUUUCAAAUCGGAAAAAACAAAUCGAGGCCCGCUAAUCGAAGGCUGGCGUGAAACUGACUCUCCUAUUAUGUGCUCCUAUAAACUAGUUGCUGCCAGCUUCGAAGUCUGGGGCCUGCAAACCAAAGUCGAGGAGUUCAUUCAGCGCAGCAUAAGAGAUAUUUUACUGUUGGGCCAUCGUCAGGCAUUUGCUUGGGUGGACGAAUGGCAUGGUAUGACAUUGGAUGAUGUACGAAGCUAUGAGCGUCAAAAACAAGCUGAGACUAACGAGAAAGUCCAUAACAGUGCCAUAAAGCCGGCCGAGGGCAAUGGCGAUGCCUCACCUACCAGUGAUCUAGUCAAAUUGCCUGAGGCCGGUGAUAUUGAUUAAAAUCAUGUACUAAGGGGCUUAGUUUAAACGAUGUCAGUUUCAUCUUAGUGAAUGUCAUACCAAAAGAAUUACAAAUUUAACAUAGCCAGACAGGCAACUGUAUGUACCUUAAACGCAACAAGAAUGUAGUAUGUGACGGGCUUAAAUUCAUAGGUAAUCCAUAAUUACCUACUAAUAUUUUUCAAUGCAUUUUAAGCACAGCUUUAUCAGCAAACUGUGUGGUCCAACAAAGCUCAAUUCUUGCAAAAACAAAAAAAAGAACAAACGCAACAUUACAACUACAUAUGUAGGUAUAUCAUUGUCAAAGUCUAUACUGUAUGUAGUUAAAUAUUAUUAUACACACAGAUACAAGCAGGUUUAUCGAAAUAUGCACAAUUUUUGUGUGUUAUAAACGGUUUUUGUUAACUAUAUUUCUUAGUUGUGUGUGUGUAUUCGCUUUCUUUAAGCUUUAGAACAAAAUUAUUCGUGUAUAUUUAUGUAUAAAUAUAU